AUGAAAACUCUAGAUCUGGAGUUUUUGAUGGUUAAAUUUGACAUUAAAGCUUUAAUUGAUGAUAGAGAGUUGUGGGUUUCGGAUUUUGGGGUUAUGGGUUUGGGUUCGAGUUCGUGGGUUGUGGAUUUUGGGAUUGGGGGUUCGUGGGUUGUGGGUUUCGGAGUUGUGGGUGGUGGGUUUCGGGGUUGUGGACUUGUGGGUGGUGGAUCUGGGUUCGUGGGUUGUGGGUUUCGGGGUUGUGGGUGGUGGUUCUGGGUUCGUGGGUUGGUGGUUCGAAUUUUCGGGGUUGUAGGUGGUGGUUUUGGGGUUGUGGAUGGUGGUUCUGGGUUACGUUGUGGGUUUCGAGGUUGUAGGUGGGCGAAAUCGGGGGUGGUGCUAGGUGGUGGUGGUGGCAUGGUGCAAGGUGGUGGUGGUGCUGGUGAUAGGUGGUUGUAA